AUGGUCGAGCCAACCGUGCCAAUUGUGGAGGAUGAGCGCACAAGAGCGCUCAACGGCUACAGACGCAAACUGGCCGAGUGCAGAGACAUUGAGCAGAAGCUGAAGGAUCUGCGAAAGAAGGAGCAAGAGAUGACGAAGCAGUUCGACAAGUCGGAAAACGACAUAAAGUCGCUACAGUCGGUCGGACAGAUUGUCGGCGAAGUGUUGAAGCAGCUCAGCGAGGAGAAGUUCAUUGUGAAGGCGACGAACGGACCGAGAUAUGUCGUUGGAUGCCGUCGCAGCAUUAACAAGGAGGAGCUGAAGCAGGGAACUCGCGUCUCAUUGGACAUGACCACUCUUACCAUCAUGUAAGCAUUUGUGCAAAAAUCUUCCUCACAUUUGCAUUUUUCCAGGCGUCAACUGCCCCGCGAGGUGGACCCACUGGUUUACAAAAUGUCUCACGAAGACCCCGGAAACAUCAGCUACUCGGACGUCGGAGGACUCGCCGAGCAAAUCCGUGAGCUUCGGGAGGUCGUCGAGCUCCCGCUCAUCAACCCGGAGCUCUUCCGUCGCGUCGGAAUCACCCCACCGAAGGGAUGCCUUCUGUUCGGACCUCCGGGAACUGGAAAGACCCUCCUGGCGCGUGCGGUUGCCUCGCAACUUGACUGCAACUUCCUCAAAGUCGUUUCUUCCGCUAUUGUCGACAAGUACAUCGGAGAAUCGGCGAGAAUGAUCAGAGAAAUGUUCAACUACGCCCGUGAUCAUCAGCCGUGCAUUGUGUUCAUGGACGAGAUCGAUGCGAUCGGAGGAAGACGUUUCUCCGAGGGAACCUCUGCGGAUCGUGAGAUUCAGCGUACCCUUAUGGAGUUGCUCAACCAGCUCGACGGAUUCGAUUCUCUCGGAAAAGUAAAAGUGAUCAUGGCCACGAACAGACCGGAUACCUUGGAUCCCGCCCUUCUCCGCCCUGGACGUUUGGACAGAAAGAUCGAAAUCGGACUGCCAAAUGAGCAAUCUCGGCUCGAGAUUCUCAAGAUUCACUCUAACAAAAUCACUAAGCACGGAGAGAUCGACUUCGAAGCCGUCGUGAAACUUUCCGAUGGAUUCUCGGCAGCCGAUCUAAGAAAUGUUUGCACGGAAGCUGGUAAGAAUGUUUUUUUGUAUAAUAAUAAUUGGAAAUGUGUUUUCCAGGAAUGUUUGCUAUCCGUGCGGAACGCGAGUUCGUCAUUGAUGAGGACUUCAUGAAGGCGGUCCGCAAAGUUGGCGAUGCGAAGAGACUCGAGACGAAACUCGACUACAAACCUGUCUAA